AAGGGAGAGAGGGAGGUAUGAAUUCUUAUUUCGCAAACCCGUCGCUCUCAUGCCAUUUAGCUGGUGGUCAAGAGGUUUUACCAAACGUGGCCCUAAACUCAACUACCUAUGACUCAGUUCGACACUUCUCCUCCUACGGAACCGCUGUAGCCCAAAACCGGAUAUAUUCCUCGCCUUUCUAUUCUUCCCAAGACAACGUUGUAUUCGGCUCGACCAGGGGACCGUACGAGUAUGGAUCCAACGUGUUUUACCAAGACAAGGACGUGCUGCCCAGCUGUAGGCAGAGCAGUUUGGGACAAGGUUCACAAAGCUCGCUCGCGCAGGAUUACCCGUCUGAUCAAGGCAGGAACGGCUCACAUGAACAAAAGGGGGACAUUCAGAUCUACCCGUGGAUGCAGCGGAUUAACUCUCAUAGCGGAGUUGGAUACGGUUCUGACAGACGAAGAGGACGCCAAAUUUACUCCCGAUACCAAACUCUAGAACUCGAAAAGGAAUUCCAUUUCAACCGCUACUUGACGAGACGCAGACGUAUCGAAAUCGCCAAUGCACUAUGUCUCUCCGAACGUCAGAUAAAAAUCUGGUUCCAGAAUCGCCGGAUGAAAUGGAAAAAGGAAAGCAAUCUAACUUCUACUCUCGCCGAAAGUGGUUCGUCAGGGGCAAGUCAAGACACAGGAAAAGAGGACACAGAAGAGGCGACAGAAUAGAAGAAAGAAUGAACGACUUCAUAUCUUAGCCUACAAUAUGCAUCAAUCCGCCGUGAUGUGAGAAUAACUUAACUACCUAGCAAGUACCUAGCAACUAUUUUUUGGUACAAUAAAAACACUAGUGUAUUCAAAGAUAUGGCUGCGUUAAAUGCGAUGUGGAUGCAAGAGAUCUCCAGACGUCAAUGUUUGCCUUUUUCAUUUUAUUCUGUAUUGAUAUGAACUUUUCACGGUGACCACAGAAUUUCUUUCCUUACUUGACAUUCCCUCAUAUAGCCUACCCAGACUGUUUGUAACGCGAAGACGUUCAUUAUUGUAUUUUCAUAAAUGUUGUUGGACAACGAUGCAAAACACAUGGUUCUCAGAUGUCCAUACACUAUGACGAAUAUGUUUUUCCAAAAAUAAUUGCCAAAAGAAUAUGUGAAUGAAACUACAAGCGUUACAUCCACUUGUGUGAAGUAUUUAUGUUUUUUUGGUUUUUCUGUUCUGUUGUACGAAAAAACUAUGCUGAAUAUUAACGACACACACUACCUAAAUCGUUUAUACGUUUGUAUAUAUAUAUAUAUAUAUAUAUAUAUAUAUAUAUAUGUGUAUCUGUUAUACAUGCCUUAGCCCUGUGAGAGCGUUUGUGUGCAACCCGCAACUUUUUUUGUAGUAAGUAGGCCUACUUUAUUUAUGUUUAGAUAUGUACCAGUAGCCUACAUUGAGUAUGUGGUCAAAUAAUAAUUGACCGAUGUGGCUUAGAUUGUAGCGUUAGAUGAAAAUCUAAAAUUAAACAAUAACAGUGAUGUAUGACAUUUACGUCAAGUCAUAUUUAAUAAAACUGUUAAUAAAAAAGUUGUCCAUGUCUUUGCGCCCACCAUACCAAGUUAGUCUCGUUCUCAAACAGCAGCAUUAUAGCCCUCCAUGCAGGUUAAAUGUGUACACGUGUCAUUGUUCAAGUUUUUUAUCCGUCAUAUAAUAGACCCAAAGCCAGCUACCCACCCAUUAAUGUUUUUUUGACGUUCUUUUUUUUAAUUCAAAGCUUUGCAAUUUAAAAUAAAUGAAUGUUCUGUGGCUCUCUGA